CGAGCCAUUCCUGUUUCUUUCUGGACACUCCCCAGUCCCCCCCUUUUUUUUCUCUUUUAAUUACACAAAUUAUUAAUCAUCGAAAAAAUUAAUUAAAAAGAAUGAAGUUUAGGUUUUUACACAGAGUACCAGUUUUUGGGUUUAGAACAAAAUUCAAUUAUACCCACCGCCCCUUUAAUUUAAUGUCUAUUCGUAAGCUGAAUACUGCCGCCAAUGGCACCACCACUAAUAGCGGCGGCGGCGGCGGCGGCGCUAAAGGUCAUCGUUUUUUGGUGCCUGGUGCAACUUUAGCAACAAUUUUUAUGCUUGGAACUCUUCAUGCUAGACGUAUGUAUAGUGACAAGAAAAUUGAAGAGGCUAGAGCAAGUGGAAUUGAAUUUGAGUUCCAGCCAGAUGUCAAAGCUAAGUUUCUGAACAUGUUACCUCUACGCUCCAUAUCAAGGUUUUGGGGAUAUGUGUCCAGCAUGGAACUUCCUGUUUGGCUGCGUCCACAUGCUCAUAGAGCUUGGGCUCGUGCAUUUCAUUCGAAUUUGGAAGAGGUGGCCUUGCCUUUGGAUCAGUAUGCAUCACUAAAAGAUUUCUUUGGUCGCACCCUGAAAGAAGGUUGCAGACCAAUCGAUUCUGACCUGCAUAGUCUGGUCAGUCCUGUUGACGGUACCGUCGUAAGGGUUGGAGAGCUUAAGGAAGGAGGUAUGAUUGAGCAAGUUAAAGGGUUCUCCUAUUCUGUAUCAUCCCUUUUAGGCGUUGGCUCGUUCCUCCCUCUUAUGACUGCCCAAGAUACACCACAUGAAGAUAUCAAGUUACAAAAAAACAAUGCCAGGAAUGAAAACUCCAAAUCAUGGUGGAGAAUUUCAUUGGCUUCACCAAAACUUAGGGAGCCUUCUUUAUCACGGCCAGUGAAAGGUCUAUAUUACUGUGUUAUAUACCUGGGGCUUGGAGACUACCAUAGAAUCCACUCCCCUGUUGACUGGAAUGUACUUCUUCGACGCCAUUUUUCUGGUCGACUCUACCCUGUAAAUGAGCGUGCUACCAGGACAAUAAAAAAUCUCUAUGUUGAGAAUGAAAGGGUUGUGCUUGAAGGUAGAUGGCAAGAAGGUUAUAUCGCAAUGGCUGCAGUAGGUGCAACAAAUAUUGGCUCUAUUGAGCUUUCCAUUGAACCUGCUUUAAGAACAAACCGUCCCAGAAAGAAAUUGCUCCAAUCAGAACCCCCUGAGGAGCAGGUCUAUCAACCUGAAGGCACAGGAGUGUCACUCAAGAAAGGGGACGAGGUAGGUGCCUUUAACAUGGGAUCAACAGUGGUGCUUGUUUUCCAAGCUCCGGCAUUGAAUAGACAGGAAGAUCAAGCGUCAUCAUCAGAAUUCAGGUUCUGUGUUGAAAAGGGUGAUAAAAUUCGAAUGGGGGAAGCUCUAGGGCGGUGGCAUGAUAUGUAAUGGUACACACGAUCUGUUAAUUUUUGAGACCGUAAAGUUAUUGAUUGCUAGAACACAAUUGGAGUAAUUUACCGGAAAUUAGCCUAGAGUGGUUUAAUACGUUACAGGCGCUACCAUUUUGACAUGUUCAAUCAAAAGAUUUUGUUACUAACUUUAACAGGGUA